CCAAAUUGGGUUCGUGUUUAUAUUUGUGCAAGUGUUCGUCUUGCUUAUACCGUACUUUUUUCGUACAUACGUGAAGAAAACCAGAAGGAUCAAACAGCACACAAAGAGGAAUCAAAAUUAACAAGAGAACUAGGAGUUUGUGGAUUUUGCGUCAACUGCGGCUAAUCUUGAAUGAGAUUAAGUUUCAUUUUCUCGGAGGUGAACAUAUAUAUUUGUUCAGGUGAAGGUGAAAGAUGAGGCGGCCGGGACAAUUUUCUGAGCCUGGUUUAAAUUCGUAUGUUACUUCUCAAAUGCAGCAUAUGUCUGCUCAGAGAAUGCAACAAGGUUCUGGAAAUCAUUUCUCAGGAAGGCCAGAUGCUUUACCCGGUGAUGAAGAGCAUCCUUACGUGCCUUCAAAACCAGAAGGACCAUGGGAGUCUCAUGCUUUUGAAGGUCAACGAGGCGAUGCACCUAGAGCCUUAUAUCAGGGUCAAAAUAGGCUGGAUUCACAAUCAGGUUUAGAAAAAGCAGUCAUCAAUGACCAGAGAGUGCAAAUCCAUGAGCAAGAUAUGGAAAUCGGAUACGAUGAAAGUUCUUACUCCCAAACUUUUGAAGUUCUUGAAAACAAAUUUCAAGCCGAUAUUAUAAAACUAACCAAGGAACAAGAUGAAGCAGAAGAUGCAGAAAAUGCUAGGCAUAAGGAGAAAAUAGUCGAAAUCAACGCGAGGUAUCAUGAGAAACUAACGGCUCUUCGAAGCCAACACGCUGGUAGAAGGGAAGAUUUUCUCCGCAGAGAAUCACAAGGACGACAAAGUCAUUAUAAGCAGUUGAUAUUGGAUCACUUUCCAAAUCAGACAGGACCAAAUGACCCUCGCGGGUAUGGUGGGUCUGCAACUGCUGUAGCUGCUGCAGAAGCAGCAAUUGGAGAAGGUCGCCGGGCCUAUGCCGCAGCUGAAGCAGCGGUGGGGGAGGGACGGCGAGCCUAUGCAGCAGCUGAAGCAGCAGCUGGAGAAGGACGUCGAGCUUAUGCUGCAGCAAGUCAGUUUGACUCCUACAGAGAGAGAGCUCAGUAUCUCCAGGAAGGUAGAAAUCAUGGGGGUUUUGAACCAACGGCCAGAAAUCCUUAUCCCGGUGGCCGUGCUUACAACAAUAAUUCUCGAUUGUACUGAUGUGAGAGAAACCAAAGUACUGAAACACUGAUCUUUUGUUUCUGUACCCUUUAUUAUCCGAUGAUGUUUGUUCGGAGUGUGAGAUAGUGUAGCAAUGGAAUGCCUUCCUUGUGUACCUUCAGUUUUCCAAGUCAAUGCUGGUGCCAAGAUGACUAAA